CAUCAGGGCACUGAUGAUCAGUGCCCUGAUGAUCGGUGCCCAGCAGCGCCACCCACUAGUUCCACCCACCUAUGCCCAGCAGUGCCCCCACCUGUGCCCAGCAGUGCCCACCAAUGCCACCCAGCAGUGCCACCUACCUGUACCCGGAAGUGCCACCUACCUGUGCACAGCAGUGCCACCCACCUGUGCCCACCCACCUGUGCCCACCAGUGCCACCAACCUGUGCCCACCAUCAGUGCCACCUAUCAGUGCUGUCUAUCAGUACCCAUCAUCAGUGCCGCCUAUCAGUGACACCUCAUUAGUGCUGCCUAUCAGUGCCGCCUAUCCGUGCCACCUCAUU